AUGAAAAAUAGAAAAGAGCCAUGUCUGUGUGAGAAGACUGAAAUCGGAACCUUUUUUGGGAGUCUACGAAUCAAAGAGAGAUGGAAACGAAGGAUGAAGAACAAAACAACCGACACCGCGGUGUAUGUGUUGGCUGUGUGA